AUGCUAAAUACAUUUUAUGUACAAUAACCAUUCUUCUAUCCUUUUGGAUACCAAUAUUUGAUACCAGUUGCACUAAAUAAUAAUUAGAUUAUUAAUCCUACAAUUUAGGUUAUGCAAAAUCUUUAUUAAACAAAUAAUAUAUCAUCCACUUAGAACUUAACAUCAGAACAACAAAAACAAAAAACCAUCUCUGAAACCGAAAGCGAAUUAGAUUCUGAUAGUAACAAUGAAGAAAUGAGACACACUUCUACAUAUUCUAAAUCAAAUUAGCUUAAAAAAAGUAAAAAAAUUUAGAAAGCAAACUUUUUGGUUAAAUCGACUAAUAUCUAGAAGAAUUAUGCUAAAGCUAUAGUAUGUUAUGCUUGUCGUUAACGUUCGAUAGUAUUUAAGAGAUUAGGAGAUGAUCGUGGAUAGGAAUUUCUAAAAUUAAUGAAUUGUCUCAAAAAUAAGCUGAGGAAUAUUGGACACAUUACAAGAUUUACUCAUUUUGAAGAUUUUAUAUAAUUAUUUAGAAUUUUAGGGUAUGUUAAGUUUAAAUAAUUUUAGAAACAAUUUCAUGAAAAAAGACUCAGUUAGUUAUAUAUACAAUUCCAAGAUUUAAUAAAAGAGUUGUCAUUUGUCAAACAUGGCCUUUAUUAGAAACUCUCUAUUAAAAUAUUGA